AUGAAUAUCGAUGAUACAGUAGAUGUUGAUGAAUCUAUAGUAGUUAACUUAAAUGGAACACGAUUACAAACAUUAUUCGAACAUUUUCGAAAACGAAAAUUAAUUUUGAUAAUAGUUUUGAUUAUUUUAAUUGUUGCAAUUAUUGCUAUUCCAACAAUUAUUGUUACAGUGAACAAAGGAAAAGGAGAAAAAACAUCAACAAUACAGAUAUCAACAGUAGAAAUAAUAACAACAACAGCAGAGACAACAGCAACCGAAGAAUUAAUUCCUUCCGUUGUUAUUAAUGAAAAUACAAAAUGGAAACAAAGUGCAAUUACUGUUGCUGGAGGAAAUGGACAAGGAAAUCAAUUAAAUCAAUUAAGUCGGCCUUUGGGUAUUUAUGUUGACGAUGAUAGUGAAAGCAUUUAUAUUGCUGACAUUGGGAACGAUCGUGUUGUUCGAUGGAAAUUUGGUGAAGGCAUUGGUGAAAUUGUUGCAGAUGAAAAAGGACAGGACAGUAACAUAAAUCAAUUCAAUCAGGCAGUUGACAUAAUUCUUGAUAAAGAGAAAAAAUCUGUUAUCAUUUGUGAUCCGUCCUAUAUACAAGUGGUCCAAUGGUCUCUUCAAAAUAGUCAGGAUAAACAAAUAUUGAUAUCUGAUAUUACUUGCUGGGGUUUAGCAAUGGAUAGUAAUAGAAACCUUUAUAUUCCUGACUGGGAAAGACAUCAAGUCAGACGUUGGCAACAAGGAGAUAAAGAAGGUACAAUUGUAGCAGGUGGGAAUGGACAAGGAAAUCACUUGAAUCAAUUAAAUGAACCUCACUAUAUCUUUGCCGAUAAAAAUCAUUCAAUUUACGUAGCCGAUUAUUUGAAUAAUCGUGUGAUGAAAUGGAUGAAAAAUGCGACUGAAGGAAUUUGUGUUGCUCCAGGAGAAGCUUCUAGCGAAAAUCCAAAUUCACUAAUUAGACCCAUGGGUGUGAUUGUUGAUGAUGUUGGUAAUAUUUACGUGUCGAGUGAGAUAAGCCAUCAAAUAACACGUUGGUCACCCGGUGCGAUCGAAGGUGUUCCUGUCAUUGGUGAAAAACAAUCUGGAAAUAGAUCCACGCAACUCUUUAACCCACGUGAUUUAUCAUUUGAUCGACAGGGUAAUCUUUAUGUUGUCGAUAGACUCAACCAUCGAAUACAAAAAUUUGUUAUUGAUCGUGAUUAA